CAUUUACGUACAACUUCCAUGGGUCCAUCGUCCAAGGCUUUAUGGCGCAUGUUGAUGACGAAACUAGGAACCCAAUUCGAGCUGAGCUUCGUGUGUAUUUCUGCGUUAGUGUUUCAGGACUAAGCUACUUUGACAAUGACUGAGAAUGACGUGGAAAAUGAGCUCUUGGAUUAUGAGGAAGAUGAAGUGGACGGAGGAGGCGGGGUCGGAGAUGGGGGCAUCGGGGGAACUGGUGGGGACGCUCUCUCACUCCGCAAAGAAGGGCUUAAAGGCUCCUAUGUUUCCAUCCACUCCUCGGGAUUCCGGGACUUCCUGUUAAAGCCAGAGCUCUUGAGAGCCAUCGUGGACUGUGGGUUUGAGCAUCCCUCUGAAGUUCAGCAUGAGUGCAUCCCUCAAGCCAUACUUGGAAUGGAUGUUCUGUGCCAGGCAAAAUCUGGCAUGGGAAAGACUGCAGUGUUUGUUCUGGCCACCCUCCAGCAGCUGGAGCCUGUCACUGGUCAGGUGUCCGUGUUGGUGAUGUGUCACACCCGGGAGCUAGCUUUUCAGAUCAGCAAGGAGUACGAGCGCUUCUCCAAAUACAUGCCUGCAGUUAAGGUGGGGGUCUUUUUCGGGGGCCUGUCCAUCAAGAAAGAUGAGGAAGUGCUGAAGAGAGAGAGUCCCCACGUGGUCGUGGGCACCCCAGGCCGAAUUCUGGCUCUGUCCCGCAAUAAAAGCCUUAACCUGCGUCACAUCAAGCACUUCAUCCUGGACGAAUGCGACAAGAUGCUGGAGCAGCUGGACAUGCGCCGAGACGUCCAGGAGAUUUUCCGCAUGACUCCCCACGAGAAACAAGUCAUGAUGUUCAGCGCCACCCUGAGCAAAGAGAUCCGACCCGUCUGCAGAAAGUUCAUGCAAGAUCCAAUGGAAAUCUUUGUGGACGAUGAGACCAAGCUAACCCUGCAUGGGCUGCAGCAGUACUAUGUCAAGCUGAAGGACAACGAGAAGAACAGGAAGCUCUUUGACCUGCUGGAUGUGUUGGAGUUCAACCAGGUGGUGAUCUUCGUGAAGUCGGUGCAGCGCUGCGUGGCUCUGGCCCAGCUGCUGGUGGAGCAGAACUUCCCGGCCAUCGGCAUCCACCGCGGCAUGCCCCAGGAGGAGAGGCUGGCCCGAUACCAGCAGUUCAAGGACUUCCAGCGGCGAAUUCUGGUGGCCACCAAUCUGUUCGGCCGUGGGAUGGACAUCGAGAGAGUCAACAUCGCCUUCAACUACGACAUGCCAGAGGACUCGGACACCUACUUACACAGGGUGGCCAGGGCGGGCCGGUUUGGGACCAAGGGCUUGGCCAUCACGUUCGUGUCCGAUGAGAACGACGCGCGCACGCUGAACGACGUGCAGGACCGCUUCGAGGUCAACAUCAGCGAGCUCCCCGAGGAGAUCGACAUCUCCUCCUACAUUGAGCAAACCCGAUAAAAAGGAGGAAGAAAGAAGAUCAACACGCUGUCUUCUGGGGGAGGUGGGGGUGGACACUUUAAAUAAGAGCCGGUGAUUCCAGCAGCCCUGACUGCAUUUGUGAUCGUAAGAUUUAAUUGAAAGAAGUGAAUCCCAUGCAGAAGAGUUUGUCUUUGAUUUCUUAAACUCUUAUUUUCUUUUGAACAAAUCAGGUCUGAUCUGACUUUGCCACCCAUAGCUGGUGGACGUUACAUGCAGGUAGCAUGAAGACUAGACGUAUAAUUUUUGCUUUGAUUGUCACUUUUGUUUUGUGAUUUUUUUUUUUUGUGUAAUUGGUUUUAAUUUUACUCUCCUUUCUUAAUAUUAACUGAACAGGCAGCUUUUUUUCCCUUAACAUGCUUCCUGAUGUUUUUGGUUAGCGAACAAGCCAGUUAGUAAUGUUGUGGUGUAGCUUGUUAGUCGCUCGUGGUCGUUCUGUAACAUUGAAACAGAGAAUUGGCGAAGCGAAAGGUGGGGGGUGUUGAUAAAACAGGGGGCAGGCAGUUGUUUUAGCUCGAUGUUCUGCAUUUAUUGGAAAAAGUAAAAGUUUUAUCUACACUCCA